CCGUAUGUAGAGCAGAAGGGAAGGAGAUGACGUGGAUCAAGAGCCGCGCGCGCGCGUGUGCCUCGUUCCGAGCCCCCGACGUGAGGCCGAACCCCUUCGCUCGUUCUGCGCUCGCGAGCCGCGGUUCGGAGCGCCGAGGCUAAAACUGCAGCGCGACGGAGGAACAGAACCGGCAGCGGAGAGGCCGCCCGUGAUCCGCCGAGGAAGACGCGGGGCGACAUGUUGUGAGCGGGAUGAAGGCGCCGAGGAGACCGAGGCAGACGCGCCUGCUGCCCCGGUUCUGCGUGUGCGGCGUCGCGCUGCUCGCGGUCACCGGGUUCUUCAGCCUCGCGGACGUUACAGAUUCCCAUGUGUCCGCUGUGAAUCAGGACAUCUCCCUGUCCAAGAGAGAGCUCAAAGACAACAAGACUGACCGUAUUUCUAGAUCUGCUAUCAGUGAUUUUCCCGAGGACAUCUUCACCCCGGAGCAGAGGAGACAUGGAGCGGUUCUCCUUCAUGUUCUCGCCGCGAUCUACAUGUUUCAUGCACUGGCCAUCGUGUGUGAGUUUUACUUUGUGCCGUCACUGGAAAAAGUAUCAGAGAACCUUCACCUCAGCCAGGACGUUGCCGGGGCAACCUUCAUGGCAGCCGGGAGCUCCGCCCCAGAACUCUUCACCUCCCUGAUUGGGGUGUUUAUUACAAAAGGAGACGUGGGUGUGGGAACCAUCGUGGGCUCAGCUGUCUUUAACAUCCUGGUUAUUAUCGGCCUGUGUGGCAUCUUCUCUGGGCAGACCAUCUCACUGAGCUGGUGGCCUUUGUUCCGUGAUGCUGUCUUCUACAUCCUCUCCAUAGUGGUGCUUAUCACGGUGAUCUAUGAUGAAAAAGUAAUGUGGUGGGAGACCAUCAUCCUGAUCUCUAUGUACGGAAUAUACAUAACCAUCAUGAAGUUCAACGGGCCUCUGUGCCGCCUGGCAGAGAGACACUUCACCAGAGCCGGUCAGCCGUGUCUGGGCAGCCUGCGACGGACGGCCGCCGUCGGAAGCAUCGGAGACUGUGACAACGACAUGGUGCCGCUGAAGCCAGAUUCCUGUGUGGUGGCUGGUCAGGACUCGGGGGCGGCAACGGUGGAUGACAUGCUGAAACUGCAUCCCCAUCAGCUGUCCUUCUCAGAGAGGCAGAGGCUGAUUCUGACCCGGGGUGGCCCGGAGGAAGGGGUGGCAUCCGGGGAGGGCGGGGUGGGGGCUAACGGCACGGCGUCAGAGGGGGACGGGCAGCCGCCCGAGGAAGAGAAGGAGGGAGACAAAGAGACAGGGGGGGAGAGCGGUGGGGGAGCGCCGCCUAAAGAGGAAGAGGAGCAAGAGCGGGAGGAAGGAGAGGAGGAGGACAGUCCUUACGAACCCUUCGUCCUUCCAGGUGGUUGGUGUAUGCGUCUCAAGUGGCUGCUCUCUUGGCCCUUGAGUGUGCUGCUUCACUUCACCAUCCCCAACUGCGCCCGGCCGCGGUGGGAGCGCUGGUACCUGCUCACCUUCCUGUCCUCCACGCUGUGGAUCGCCAUCUACUCUUACCUCAUGGUCUGGAUGGUGACCAUAAUCAGCUACACACUUGGAAUCCCAGAAGUCAUCAUGGGCAUCACGUUCCUGGCAGCCGGCACCAGUGUCCCCGACUGCAUGGCCAGCCUCAUUGUGGCCCGACAAGGGAUGGGCGACAUGGCCGUGUCCAAUUCCAUCGGCAGUAAUAUCUUCGACGUGCUGCUGGGCCUGGGCUUCCCCUGGGCACUGAGGACUCUCAUCGUCAGCUACGGAUCAGUGGUGACAAUCAACAGCAAAGGCCUGGUGUACUCCGUGAUUCUUCUGUUGGCCUCGGUCAUACUCACCGUUAUGUGUGUCCACCUGAACUCCUGGCGGUUGGACCGCCGGCUGGGGCUGUGUCUCAUCCUGUUCUACGCCAUCUUCCUCCUCUGCUCCGUGGGCUUCGAGAGGCUGUAGUGCUCCGUGAAGGCCGCGUAUGUUCCAGCGGUUCUACUUUGACACCGCCGGCCUGAAAGCGACUCUGUUUACCUGUGAUAAGCAAGUAUUUUACACAGUUUUGUACAGAGUACCUGAAGCCCAGAUUUUGUUUGUUCAGACUGGUAAUGCACUACGUCUCGCAACAAAUUUAUAUAGUAUGUGAGUACUGUAUUCUGAAACCAAUAUGGUAUGAGGAACCCCAAAGUGUGUACGUUUACUUCUCGUCGUUUUAUAACGAGUAACCUCAACGACCCGAUGAUUACACACAUAGAUUUAUGUAGCCGCUUCUCAGUGCAGUUAUUUUAUGUAAAGUUCACUGCAGAGUCUCCAUCACGCCCCUGUGUCUGUAGUUGUGAGCAGUAAAGCAUGGCUGGUCAUCACGCUCCACAUAAUUGCACUAAGCCACUGUUGUCUUGCGCCCCCCCCCCCCCUCAAAGCUUCUCAGCACAGAGGUGCUCAUUUACGUGAUGGAACAAAGGCAACGUGCUUUUGAGUGUCUGUGUUUGAAGAGAGAGAUGAGUGAAAUAAAAUGUAAUUUCUGUUCUGUGAA